GUCGGCGGUAGUCGGUGCGUGUCGGUAGUCUGCUCGGGACUCUGGUCAGAACUCUGGAAGAUGAGUAUUGUUGUAGAAGGAAGUUGAGCAAGCAUGUCGUCAGUGAAGGCGGAGUUGCUGACGUCACCGGCAGCCCUCAAGUUCAAGGACAGCAUGGGGGGCCAGUACGAUGAGGGCUACGUCAAGAUCUCGCCCCCAGGACACGUGCAGCCGGCUGGCUUCAUGGACGACCUGCCCAAAAUCCUUGACUUCCAAGUCAGGCCCGAUGAUGUCUGGGUGGUCACAUUCCCAAAGUGCGGUACCACGUGGUCUCAGGAACUGGUGUGGCUGCUCAUGAACGACCUGGACUUCGACCAGGCGAAGAAAGUUCCGCUAAUCGACAGAUUUCCUUUCCUGGAGGUGUCGGCGAUCAUCCCUCAGGCAGUGAAGAAGCCGCCGCACUCGCUGGACGUGGUCGGUGGCAUGAAGUCGCCGAGGCUCAUCAAGUGCCACCUGCCCGUGGAGCUGCUGCCCAAGCAGAUCUGGUCGGUCAAGCCCAAGAUAAUUUACGUGGCUCGCAACGCAAAGGAUGUCGUAGUAUCUUACUACUAUCACCACCGCCUGUGGAAUGAGUGUACAUUGACACUAGACGAGUUUGCUGAAUGUUUCAUGGAAAACGUAGUUUCGUACCUGCCUUUCUGGGACCACAUCCUCGCAUUCUGGCGGCUGAGGAAUGAACCAAACAUCUUGUUCUACAGUUACGAGGAUAUGAAAACCGACCUGGCUGCCGUGGUGCGCAAGGUGGCGGACUUCCUGGAGAGGCCGGUGCCGGCCGAGAAGCUGGCGCAGCUGCUGGACCACCUCAGCUUCCAGAAGAUGCGCGACAAUCGCGCUGUCAACUUCGAGGACCUGGUGGACGACCAGCGCGUGGGGGUCGGACUGCGGCCCACCUCGGCCGACCAGACCUUCAUGCGCAGCGGCAAGGUGGGCGACGGCCGCUCCAAGCUCUCCCCGGAGAUCCAGCAGCGGGUCGACGCCUGGACGCGUGCCUGCCUCGAGGGCUCCGGAUACGAUGGGCCACGCUGACACCGGCCGACGUUAUCCUCACAACGCCUCCAGCCUUUCACCCUCUCCUAUGUAC